AUGAGCGACACUUAUCCAAAGUCAACACAACAUGCUGGCAAGAGAAAGUUCUUACAAGAAACACAGAGACAGGUCUAUAAAGAGUUGGAUGAUCUUGUGUUGGCUGGCGAGAAGCAACGCCAACAACUACAUCAACAACAGCAGCAACAACAGCAACAACAAAUACAUCAUCAACAACAACAGCAACAUCAGCAACAACAACAACAACAACAGAAUGCAUUCUUAUCAUUGUCAUCACCAAUGUUACCAAGAUGGACAGACCUCACUUCAAGAUUGAUGUUCCCCUUCAACAAUAACAGCGCGUUGGGCGCAACGACGCAGUUGGGAGGCGUCGUCACAAUACUUAAUCAUGAGGACGAUGAUGAUAAAGAGUUGCCCACAUCACAUCUGUCCACACGCUAUAAGAAGUCCUCCCUCUCGCGCUCAGGCAGCAAGAGCAGCAGCGGCAGCUACGACAACUAUAAAAACGUCAACAACAACACAAGCACAACUAACUCGCCCAAUGGCUCGAGACAUUACAGCUCAUCGUACACUGCUGCCAGUGGUCUUCCACCGCCCUCUCAGACGCCACCAACUGUAACUCUAAACAACAAUAGUAAUAGUAAUAGCGCCAACAGCUCAAACAGCAGCUUUGGCAACCUGAAAGGCCUCACCAACAGCCAACACAGCUCGAACAACAGCUUUGGAAACUACACGUCGGGCGUGUCCACAUCCAACAGCUUUGAUAACUUCAAGCCCACGACAUCCAACAACAACUUGCUCAACGUCACAAACAUAAACAGUGCCAAUACGUCAAACAGCAGCUUUGGAAGCUACUCGACCGUGGUCGUGGGUGGCAACAACAACAACAACAACAAUAAGGUGCAUAACAACAGCGCCAACAACAGUUUUAACAGCUUCCCAAGACCAUCCAUUCAACCAGCCGCCAUCAAUGGAUCACACUCGCCAAGCAUGGACCAACAGCAGUCCAAGCACUUCUCGCCGUCAUCCCUCAUCACUCUAUUGCAACAGACAGUAGAGGAGGAGUGCGCCACAAACAACAACAACAACAACAAUCACAUGAACAACACAUACAACAGUAGUAAUAGUAGUAGCACUGGCAACAUUAGCCAUAGCAAUCAGAGCAGUAUGAGCAUCAAUAACCUCAUCAAUCCCGACUCGACUGUGCCCGCGCCACAAGUCCUCGAAGACUUUGCCAUGUCGCCACAGUCUACUCAAUCGCUGCGGAGCAAUAGCGACAGUCCGGACGAGAGUGACAGCGCCUCAGUUGUCUCCUCGUCCAGCAACGCCUACAGUAACAGCAACAGCAACGGCCAUAGCAACACGGGUAGUGUGGUUAGCAGCCUCUACUCCAACGGCACGACCAGCAGCAGCUGGCGCCAGAGCAGCACCAGCCAGCAGAGCAGCCACCUGAGCAGCACGAGCCACAUGAGCGUCAACAGUAACACCAGCUCGAUGAAUCUGGCCAUGGACGCGAUGAGCAUCCGUGGCGCGCGCGGCCACAUCAACCGCUCGCACUACAACAGCAACGCCAACUUUAUGAACAGCAUGGGCCACUCGGCGUCGUCGUCCAGCGGUCUGUCAAACAUGAUGAAUGGAUGGGUGUGGGUCAAGGACCAUCACUCGAUCCUCAUCAUCGGACCCAACGGUAUUGGAAAGAGCUUCCUCAUCAACACACUCCUGCAGACGACCUUUAUGAACGCCACAAACAGCAAUUGGCGUCCAGUGCUCGGCUCGCACAGGCUAAGGGCACAAGAACUCAAUGGACACCCUCAGCCACAGCCACAACAACAACAACAACAACAAGCACAGUCAAUGAAUGAGGAGUAUCCCAGCUCGAUUGCAUUGAUGAACAAGCUAAGGACUCAGCUGAAUCAGACGUCAAACUUGAAGAUUGACAAGUGCGUCCAGCUGGAUGAGCACUUCUUCCGCUCGGUCGACUGGGCAAGGGAGCGCGAGCUCGAGAUGGAGGCCAUCUACAAGACCAGCCAGUACAUCCACGACAAGUCCACACCGAUGAUCAACGACAACCACACUUUCCUUCUGCCUCAAGGCCGUCUGGGGCCAGCACAACUGCUGCGCUUCAGCUACAGCUCUGUGUGCGAGCUCAUUGUCGAGUUCAUCUCGGAGACCGACCUGCGCCAGAUCCUCUGGGAGCUGCAUCAGUACGAGCAAGACCGCUCUAUCCCAAUGAACACGCGUCGUCUCGAGUUUCUCAAGUGGACAUAUGCCUCGGUCGUCGAGGGCGCCACGUCGUCAUCGAGCGGCAGCCUGAUCAACGUGCUCACCGAGGUCAAGAACUCAUGGGACCUGCCCAUCGUCGAGAACGUGCGCAACCUCUUUGGCAAGACGAUCCAGUUCCGUGGCGCCGGCAAGGAGCACAACGUCGACAGGAUCUUCAUUCGCGAGAAGCUAAAGGAGAUGUUGGCGUGCUACGGCUACAUUACUGCCAGCAUCCACUUCCGUCUGCCAUGCAGCAUUCUGCUGGGUAAGCGCGAGAUCACUGUGCUCUCGGACGACACACGUCGUGGCAACGUGUCCAAGUUCAACGUGACACGUAUCCUCAACGACGCCGAGCAGAUCAUCGUUGCGUUUGACUACCGCGGCCUCUCCGCAGACCUCGCCGACCUCUUCAUUGGCUCCAACUUCAUGCAGAAGCUGUCUGUCGAGGGACUGGUCCAGUUUGCCGAGUUGGGUGAGAAGUUCCAGAACAAGACCCAGUAUCCCAAGGGCAUCUUCAACUCCAAGGGACUCAUGAUCUCCCAACUCAAGAAGCUCUAUCGUAAUGCGCGCAACAAUCUCAACUUUGAUCAAGUACUCAACAACUUCAAGUUGAUCCAGUUGAUGCCAUUGCUUUACUCAUCUGCCGAGUUCAACAAGACAUUGCCAUCGGGUUACUCAAGCGCCAUUCGAUCAUUGCGACAGUUGAAGGACUACAGUAACAUCCCCUUGUUGAUCAAGACGAUUCAGCAAUCGACCAACUCGAGCUGGUCGCGCCAACACACACUGCUCGACAAGUUCAAGGAGAAUGUCACUCGCAAGUCAACACUGAUGGCCCACUACUUCAAGACCCAGCAGCAACAGCAACAGCUGAUUCAGCAGCAACAGAAUCACCUGAAUCAGCAGUCCAAGAUGCAGUCUCCUCACUCGCAUCAACAGGCCAGCCGUGCUCCCAAUCAGGAGCAGUCUGGCAACACCGGGUCAUUCGAGAUGUCGCCAGAGUCACCUCCACAGCGCCCACUCUCGCCCUCAUCUAUGGCCAUCGAGGAGAACCUCUCAGACACUUUCACCAGUCUUCAGUUGUCCACAGCGGCCAACGGUGGAGCAAUGUCCGCGGCCGUGCCCUCUCCAUCAGCCCCAGGCAUCAGAGGCAACAACUGGAGGAGCCAGUACCUGCAGUACAAGCAUGUUGGCCCAGUCCCAGGCUCGCCAAGCGGCGGUGUCGAACGCAUCAAGUCCACAUUCCGCACACGUUUCGCCGGUUGGAAGCGCAAGCUUCUGGCCUACGUCAGCUCGGAGGCGUCCGAGUCUGUGUUCAUGAACAAGGUGGCCGAGUGCGAAUCAUUUGCGCGCAGCGAAUGGGAUCGCUUCAGAAUGUCCUCCAACUACAUUGGCACGGUGGGCGAGAUAUGCUCGCUGCUCUACUCACAGUCCUCCACCACGCGAAUGGCCAGCAACGGUGGCCACGCCUCCAUUGACUUUUACAACAACUACACAAACAACCCAGUCGUGUUGCUCUGUCGCCACUUGAUCGCCUGGAUCCCCACGUUCUGGCGCGAGAAUGUGGUCGACCGUAUUCCAUCACUUGAGGAGGAGAUCAUCUUCUUCUCGCGCAGUCUGCUCGGUGACAUUAGCGCACUGAUCGUGGGCAAGGUGACGAUGGUGGCCGAGGAGAAGGCGCAUCACACCAAGCUGCUACAGUACUGCCAGUCGGCCACGGACCGCAACGUUCACAACAAGAUCCAGUACAUCCAGAACUACUUUGUUGGCCAGAACCUCACCCAGCUCAUCUACUCGAUCUGUCUGGACACACUGUGUUCCGAGCUGACUUCCAAGGUGAAGGACCCCAAGGCCAUUGUCAGCUGCCACGAUCUCGUCGAGAAGUGCUUCCACAGCGCCCCACUCACCGCAACUUCGCGCAUCCAGCAGCGUCUGCUGGAGAUGCUCAACACUGCGCUGUCCUACCUCGAUGCCAUCGAGAAGCAUUUGGAGCACACGAUCCAAUACCUGCUGAACUCGCCACACCGCAUGAGACGUCAGCAGCCAGUGCGCCCCAGGAUCAACUUCUCGCUCAACAUUAUCGAGAACUACAUCAACCUGGUCGACCCGGUCGAGCCUGCCCCCGCUCUUGCCAACGGAUCGCCCAACCCUAGACACACAGCUCGCAUGUCACCCCAGGCUCAUCCACAUUCAAAGGGAUCGACCCAACAGCGUCCACAACACAUUCUCCAGUACCUCUCACAGAGUGUGCCAAGCAAGCCCAGCUUCCUCCAGCAUCUUGAGCAGAAGUUCAACUUCAACAUCAGCAACAACAGUGGCAGCGGCUCUCCCAGCCAAAGUGGCACCCUCUCCCAACAGCAACAUCAACAGCAACAACAGCAACAACAGCAUGAUGCUAUGGAUGUCAUGGAUGUGGAGGAGGACAACGACGCCCCAUACAUCAAGCGCAUUAAGAAGAAGACUAGCGAUAUGACCUCGUUGGUUAGUGGAGCCGCGACUGUAUUCAGCCCCAAGACCCAGAUGCAUCCACCACAGACCCCCGCCACCUUGCUCCAACUUUGUGUGGCCAAGGUGUGCCAACAGAUACACUCACUCCGUCUGGUUGCCAUGCCCGAGGAGGUACUUCAACAGAUAAUCACCACGCUCAUCAAUCAAGAUCGCGUGAAGAGUGGCUGUGUUGUCGGCGCAACAUUGGACGAUCUAUUGCUCAGUCGUCUGAUUGCCGCUGCUGCCUCACCCAUCAAGUCGCUCGACCUCGAAGGCGCCAAGCUGCUCACAAUCAAGGGUGUCUAUGAGAUUGGCUCAAAGUGCUCACAGCUCAAGAAACUCUCCCUGGCACACUGCACCAACGUCACCUCUGAGGCUCUGGCCGCGAUUGGCGCAGGCUGCAAGCAGCUAGAGUCCAUCAGUCUUAAGGGAUGCCACCAGCUCAACAACAAUGGCAUUCUACUUAUUGCCCGUGGCUGCAUCAACCUGCGCUUCGUAGACUUCUCUGGCUGCACCAAGCUCACGGACAUCACAGUGCACGAACUGCAUCAGAACGCCAAGCAGCUGCAAGCACUCGACCUGCGCAAGUGUGCCACACUCACUGACGCUGCCUUCCAGGCCUUUGGCCUGACCACACUGCUCAGCAUCGACCUGAUCGAGUGCCACAACAUCACCGACGCAUCCAUCAUCAACAUAUGCAAUAGCAGCCGCCAGCUCAACAGCAUCAAGCUGAGCGGUAAGGGUGUGUCAGACCUGUCGCUCAAGCGCAUUGCCUCGCGAUGCUCCAUGCUCACUCUGUUGGAGCUUGUCACCUGCGAGAACAUCACCGACGCUGGCAUCCAGGCCGUGUUCCGCGGCUGUCCCGAGCUAACCAACGUCAACCUGUGCUCGUCCAAGAACCUAACCACUGCCGCCUUCCAGAUGGACGAGCCAUUGAACAGCUCGGACAACAUCAGCGAGUGCAGCAGCAGUGGAUACAGCAGCCCAUACAACAACAACAUGAUGAUUGUGGACGCCGAGCCAUCGAUUUCCUCCUCAUUCGACUCAUUGGUGUCUCUGGCCGCCAACGAGCAAUCACUCAAGAAGCUCACGCAUCUCGAUCUCAACCGCUGCAUCUCGAUCAAUGACAGCUCGGUGCUCACGUUCACCGUGCACAUGCCAAUGCUCGAGACGAUCAGUCUGGCCUAUUGUGAGGACAUCACGGACGAGGCGGUUAUGACCAUCGCUCAGCGUUGCCACAUGCUCAAGAACCUCGACCUGACCAAGUGCAAGCUGGUGACCGACUCGUCCAUCAUAGAGAUUGCCAAGAGCAAGGCGCAAGAGUUAAGUCGACUUGUGCUGUACUCUUGCAAUCUUGUCACCGACAUGUCCAUCGUCGAGGUGGCCAAGCACUGCUCGUCGCUCAUCCAUCUUGACGUUAGCAUGUGCGAGAAGAUCACUGAUAUUAGCAUCACCAAGAUUGCGCAUGGCCUUCCCCUGCUGCGGGUGCUUUGCAUGGAGGAGUGCGUUAUCACUGACGCUGGCGCUGCCUCACUUGGCGCCUUCUCCGAGGGCUACGGCUGCCAACACCUCGAGAUCCUCAAGCUGGGCUACUGCCGCUUCAUCUCAGACGCUACACUACUCAAGUUGAGUGUUGGCUGUCCAAUGAUGUCCAACAUUGAUCUGUCCUACUGCAGCAAUCUGAUCACUCCACGAGGCAUCAGUAUGGCACUCAACUCGUGGUCCCGUCUGCACACACUUCGUCUGCGAGGCUACAACGCACUCACCAACGAGAUACUUGUUGAUGGCGGUGCGCCACUGAAGCUGCGCUCAGUCAACCUGUCAUGGUGUGUCAAUCUGGAAGAGAGUGUCCUGCUCAAGUUUGCCAAGAGCUGUCCAUCACUUGAGAACCUCGACAUCUCUCGCUGUCCCAAGAUCACUGACGGUGCAUUGGAGAGCAUCAUUGACUCAUGUCCAUCACUACGCGUCAUCAACGUCAGUGGCUGCAAGGAGAUCACAUCGUUCACAGUCCAAAAGUUGUCCACUACUUAUGGCAAGUCAAUCUACCGAUAG